ACCAGAGCUCUGAUUCAGCUGUGGAGCACCUGUCCAUCUGUCUCCACUGAGUCUCAGCUUCACUGUAACGUUGAGGAGGAGGAGGAGGAGCUUCUGUGAUCAGCCUUCAUCAUGAGGAGACGUUGAGAUGAGGAUGAAGCUGUAAUAAGUUAAUGAGUUUAGAUGUCGUGUUUAUAAGUUAAUGAUCAGCAGGUGUGGGUUUUAAUAAGUCAAUAAGGGGACCGGUUCAAGGACAGAAUAAUAAGAACACUUCCUGGUCCAUCAGGGUUAUAAAGCAGCUCCUCUCAGCAGCGUCUCACUUCCUCUCGUCAUGUCGGCGUCCCCACCUGUGGUCACGGCAGUGGGGCAGGUGUUCGUGGUCACUCAGGGAGCGGGACCAAACUCUCCCCAGGAAACACGGUCCAGGAUCCAGGUGUCAGUCAUCGGGACGCUGCAGAUCGUCAUCGGACUGAUGAUCCUCAUCGUCCAGCUCGCCCUGGUUACCUGUGCGGACACGCUGGGGUUAAUCAGCGGGGCGGUGGCGUGGGGCCCUCUGAGUUUCAUCGUGUCUGGGUCUCUGACUGUGUCCACGGCAACAAGCUCCAGAAGCUCUUUGGUGAGCAGCUCUCUGACUUUCAGUAUGGUGGCUGUGGUUACUUCAGCUGCGGCCGUCGUUAUCAACGUUUUAGAUGCUGCUGGGCUUCAUGUGGGCGAGUGUGUUCAUAACGUCACCUGCUGUGACGCCUUCACCUAUUGGGUCCGGAGUCUAAAUCUGAGACUCUCUUUGGUCCUCACCGGAUUCUGCUUGGUUGAAUAUAUUCUUGCCACAUUGAGCUACGUCAUUCAUAUCAUCACCAACAACGAACCACAAGAGGGAGCUCCUGAGAGGACGAAUACACUGCCCAUAUAUGAAGCCCCGCCCCAUUCAGACAACAGCUAUGAGAUGGCGAAGCCUGAUGAGUACGACACUAACCUGAACGACAUAGUCCCCGCCCCCGGCGCCAUGACCAGCCUCGUGUUAACCAACCCCUCGCCAGUUCGCCAAACACCAACCAAAGCUAACAAUGAAGUUGUGAAUGUUUAA